AUGAUGAUGAUGAUGAUGAUGAUGAUGAUGAUGAUGAUGAUGAUGAUGAUGAUGAUGAUGAUGAUGAUGAUGAUGAUGAUGAUGAUGAUGAUGAUGAUGAUGAUGAUGAUGAUGAUGAUGAUGAUGAUGAUGAUGAUGAUGAUGAUGAUGAUGAUGAUGAUGAUGAUGAUGAUGAUGAUGAUGAUGAUGAUGAUGAUGAUGAUGAUGAUGAUGAUGAUGAUGAUGAUGAUGAUGAUGAUGAUGAUGAUGAUGAUGAUGAUGAUGAUGAUGAUGAUGAUGAUGAUGAUGAUGAUGAUGAUGAUGAUGAUGAUGAUGAUGAUGAUGAUGAUGAUGAUGAUGAUGAUGAUGAUGAUGAUGAUGAUGAUGAUGAUGAUGAUGAUGAUGAUGAUGAUGAUGAUGAUGAUGAUGAUGAUGAUGAUGAUGAUGAUGAUGAUGAUGAUAAUAAUAUCUUCUGUGUCACGUAUACGGAAAUUAGAUUGGAUGCGAUAA